AGAUAAUCAAGAAGGGAUAAAAACUGGAUUUGGAUUAAAUUUAGUGAAACUUUUAGGAAGUAGUAAAAAGAGAAUCUUAGAAAUUCUCAAGUUACAUAAUUGGAUCAUAUUAAAAUGAUCAGAAAAAAAAAAAGAGAAGGUUGUAGAUUACAAAAUUUUAGGAGACUGAAAUGUAAUAAUAUCACAUAAUUAGUGGUUAAAUUGCAUGAAAAUAUAGGAGGGUAAUAUGGAAUUUAAUAUAGAGAAGCUGUGAAGUAAUUUAUCCAUGAUCUUUUAAGUUUGGAGAUAAAUGUGGAAUUUGGAAAAUAUAGCAUACAUAAUAUGCAAAUAUCAAAUUUUAAGUGAUGUACUGAAAUUAAAUUAUUCUAGUGGAUGUUUAAUGAAGGAUUGAAAAUAAGUUUAUGG